UGUCGGAUGGGAGUGUGGAUGGGAGUGUGGAUGGGAGUGUGGAUGGGAGUGUGGAUGGGAGUGUGGAUGGGAGUGUGGAUGGGAGUGUGGAUGGGAGUGUGGAUGGAGUGUGGAUGGGAGUGUGGAUGGGAGUGUGGAUGGGAGUUGUGGAUGGGAGUGUGGAUGGGAGUGUGGAUGGCGGUGUGGAUGGGAGUGUGGAUGGGAGUGUGGAUGGGAGUGUGGAUGGGAGUGGAUGGGAGGUGGAUGGGAGUGUGAUCGUGGAGUGUGGAUGGGAGUCGUGGAUGGAGUGUGGAUGGAGUGUGGAUGGAGAUGGAUGGAGUGUGGAUGGGAUUGUGGAUGGCGAGUGUGGAUGGGAGUGUGGAUGGGAGUGUGGAUGGGAGUGUGGAUGGAGUGGAUGGCAUGUGGAGGGAGGUUUGAUGGAGUGUGGAUGGAGUGUGGAUGGGAGUGUGGAUGGGAGUGUGGAUGGGAGUGUGGAUGGGAGUGUGGAUGGGAGUGUGGAUGGGAGUGUGGAUGGGAGUGUGGAUGGGAGUGUGGAUGGGAGUGUGGAUGGGAGUGUGGAUGGGAGUGUGGAUGGGAGUGUGGAUGGGAGUGUGGAUGGGAGUGUGGAUGGGAGUGUGGAUGGGAGUGUGGAUGGGAGUGUGGAUGGGAGUGUGGAUGGGAGUGUGGAUGGGAGUGUGGAUGGGAGUGUGGAUGGGAGUGUGGAUGGGAGUGUGGAUGGGAGUGUGGAUGGGAGUGUGGAUGGGAGUGUGGAUGGGAGUGUGGAUGGGAGUGUGGAUGGGAGUGUGGAUGGGAGUGUGGAUGGGAGUGUGGAUGGGAGUGUGGAUGGGAGUGUGGAUGGGAGUGUGGAUGGGAGUGUGGAUGGGAGUGUGGAUGGGAGUGUGGAUGGGAGUGUGGAUGGGAGUGUGGAUGGGAGUGUGGAUGGGAGUGUGGAUGGGAGUGUGGAUGGGAGUGUGGAUGGGAGUGUGGAUGGGAGUGUGGAUGGGAGUGUGGAUGGGAGUGUGGAUGGGAGUGUGGAUGGGAGUGUGGAUGGGAGUGUGGAUGGGAGUGUGGAUGGGAGUGUGGAUGGGAGUGUGGAUGGGAGUGUGGAUGGGAGUGUGGAUGGGAGUGUGGAUGGGAGUGUGGAUGGGAGUGUGGAUGGGAGUGUGGAUGGGAGUGUGGAUGGGAGUGUGGAUGGGAGUGUGGAUGGGAGUGUGGAUGGGAGUGUGGAUGGGAGUGUGGAUGGGAGUGUGGAUGGGAGUGUGGAUGGGAGUGUGGAUGGGAGUGUGGAUGGGAGUGUGGAUGGGAGUGUGGAUGGGAGUGUGGAUGGGAGUGUGGAUGGGAGUGUGGAUGGGAGUGUGGAUGGGAGUGUGGAUGGGAGUGUGGAUGGGAGUGUGGAUGGGAGUGUGGAUGGGAGUGUGGAUGGGAGUGUGGAUGGGAGUGUGGAUGGGAGUGUGGAUGGGAGUGUGGAUGGGAGUGUGGAUGGGAGUGUGGAUGGGAGUGUGGAUGGGAGUGUGGAUGGGAGUGUGGAUGGGAGUGUGGAUGGGAGUGUGGAUGGGAGUGUGGAUGGGAGUGUGGAUGGGAGUGUGGAUGGGAGUGUGGAUGGGAGUGUGGAUGGGAGUGUGGAUGGGAGUGUGGAUGGGAGUGUGGAUGGGAGUGUGGAUGGGAGUGUGGAUGGGAGUGUGGAUGGGAGUGUGGAUGGGAGUGUGGAUGGGAGUGUGGAUGGGAGUGUGGAUGGGAGUGUGGAUGGGAGUGUGGAUGGGAGUGUGGAUGGGAGUGUGGAUGGGAGUGUGGAUGGGAGUGUGGAUGGGAGUGUGGAUGGGAGUGUGGAUGGGAGUGUGGAUGGGAGUGUGGAUGGGAGUGUGGAUGGGAGUGUGGAUGGGAGUGUGGAUGGGAGUGUGGAUGGGAGUGUGGAUGGGAGUGUGGAUGGGAGUGUGGAUGGGAGUGUGGAUGGGAGUGUGGAUGGGAGUGUGGAUGGGAGUGUGGAUGGGAGUGUGGAUGGGAGUGUGGAUGGGAGUGUGGAUGGGAGUGUGGAUGGGAGUGUGGAUGGGAGUGUGGAUGGGAGUGUGGAUGGGAGUGUGGAUGGGAGUGUGGAUGGGAGUGUGGAUGGGAGUGUGGAUGGGAGUGUGGAUGGGAGUGUGGAUGGGAGUGUGGAUGGGAGUGUGGAUGGGAGUGUGGAUGGGAGUGUGGAUGGGAGUGUGGAUGGGAGUGUGGAUGGGAGUGUGGAUGGGAGUGUGGAUGGGAGUGUGGAUGGGAGUGUGGAUGGGAGUGUGGAUGGGAGUGUGGAUGGGAGUGUGGAUGGGAGUGUGGAUGGGAGUGUGGAUGGGAGUGUGGAUGGGAGUGUGGAUGGGAGUGUGGAUGGGAGUGUGGAUGGGAGUGUGGAUGGGAGUGUGGAUGGGAGUGUGGAUGGGAGUGUGGAUGGGAGUGUGGAUGGGGAUGUGGAUGGGAGUGUGGAUGGGAGUGUGGAUGGGAGUGUGGAUGGGAGUGUGGAUGGGAGUGUGGAUGGGAGUGUGGAUGGGAGUGUGGAUGGGAGUGUGGAUGGGAGUGUGGAUGGGAGUGUGGAUGGGAGUGUGGAUGGGAGUGUGGAUGGGAGUGUGGAUGGGAGUGUGGAUGGGAGUGUGGAUGGGAGUGUGGAUGGGAGUGUGGAUGGGAGUGUGGAUGGGAGUGUGGAUGGGAGUGGUGGAUGGGAGUGUGGAUGGGAGUGUGGAUGGGAGUGUGGAUGGGAGUGUGGAUGGGGUGUGGCUGGGAGUGUGGAUGGGAGUGUGGAUGGGAGUGUGGAUGGGAGUGUGGAUGGGAGUGUGGAUGGGAGUGUGGAUGGGAGUGUGGAUGGGAGUGUGGAUGGAUUGGUGAGUGUGGAUGGGAGUGUGGAUGGGAGUGUGGAUGGGAGUGUGGAUGGGAGUGUGGAUGGGAGUGUGGAUGGGAGUGUGGAUGGGAGUGUGGAUGGGAGUGUGGAUGGGAGUGUGGAUGGGAGUGUGGAUGGGAGUGUGGAUGGGAGUGUGGAUGGGAGUGUGGAUGGGAGUGUGGAUGGGAGUGUGGAUGGGAGUGUGGAUGGGAGUGUGGAUGGGAGUGUGGAUGGGAGUGUGGAUGGGAGUGUGGAUGGGAGUGUGGAUGGGAGUGUGGAUGGGAGUGUGGAUGGGAGUGUGGAUGGGAGUGUGGAUGGGAGUGUGGAUGGGAGUGUGGAUGGGAGUGUGGAUGGGAGUGUGGAUGGGAGUGUGGAUGGGAGUGUGGAUGGGAGUGUGGAUGGGAGUGUGGAUGGGAGUGUGGAUGGGAGUGUGGAUGGGAGUGUGGAUGGGAGUGUGGAUGGGAGUGUGGAUGGGAGUGUGGAUGGGAGUGUGGAUGGGAGUGUGGAUGGGAGUGUGGAUGGGAGUGUGGAUGGGAGUGUGGAUGGGAGUGUGGAUGGGAGUGUGGAUGGGAGUGUGGAUGGGAGUGUGGAUGGGAGUGUGGAUGGGAGUGUGGAUGGGAGUGUGGAUGGGAGUGUGGAUGGGAGUGUGGAUGGGAGUGUGGAUGGGAGUGUGGAUGGGAGUGUGGAUGGGAGUGUGGAUGGGAGUGUGGAUGGGAGUGUGGAUGGGAGUGUGGAUGGGAGUGUGGAUGGGAGUGUGGAUGGGAGUGUGGAUGGGAGUGUGGAUGGGAGUGUGGAUGGGAGUGUGGAUGGGAGUGUGGAUGGGAGUGUGGAUGGGAGUGUGGAUGGGAGUGUGGAUGGGAGUGUGGAUGGGAGUGUGGAUGGGAGUGUGGAUGGGAGUGUGGAUGGGAGUGUGGAUGGGAGUGUGGAUGGGAGUGUGGAUGGGAGUGUGGAUGGGAGUGUGGAUGGGAGUGUGGAUGGGAGUGUGGAUGGGAGUGUGGAUGGAGUGUGGAUGGGAGUGUGGAUGGGAGUGUGGAUGGGAGUGUGGAUGGGAGUGUGGAUGGGAGUGUGGAUGGGAGUGUGGAUGGAGUGUGGAUGGGAGUGUGGAUGGGAGUGGAGUGUGGAUGGGAGUGUGGAUGGGAGUGUGGAUGGGAGUGUGGAUGGGAGUGUGGAUGGGAGUGUGGAUGGGAGUGUGGAUGGGAGUGUGGAUGGGAGUGUGGAUGGGAGUGUGGAUGGGAGUGUGGAUGGGAGUGUGGAUGGGAGUGUGGAUGGGAGUGUGGAUGGGAGUGUGGAUGGGAGUGUGGAUGGGAGUGUGGAUGGGAGUGUGGAUGGGAGUGUGGAUGGGAGUGUGGAUGGGAGUGUGGAUGGGAGUGUGGAUGGGAGUGUGGAUGGGAGUGUGGAUGGGAGUGUGGAUGGGAGUGUGGAUGGGAGUGUGGAUGGAGUUGUGGAUGGGAGUGUGGAUGGGAGUGUGGAUGGGAGUGUGGAUGGGAGUGUGGAUGGGAGUGUGGAUGGGAGUGUGGAUGGGAGUGUGGAUGGGAGUGUGGAUGGGAGUGUGGAUGGGAGUGUGGAUGGGAGUGUGGAUGGGAGUGUGGAUGGGAGUGUGGAUGGGAGUGUGGAUGGGAGUGUGGAUGGGAGUGUGGAUGGGAGUGUGGAUGGGAGUGUGGAUGGGAGUGUGGAUGGGAGUGUGGAUGGGAGUGUGGAUGGGAGUGUGGAUGGGAGUGUGGAUGGGAGUGUGGAUGGGAGUGUGGAUGGGAGUGUGGAUGGGAGUGUGGAUGGGAGUGUGGAUGGGAGUGUGGAUGGGAGUGUGGAUGGGAGUGUGGAUGGGAGUGUGGAUGGGAGUGUGGAUGGGAGUGUGGAUGGGAGUGUGGAUGGGAGUGUGGAUGGGAGUGUGGAUGGGAGUGUGGAUGGGAGUGUGGAUGGGAGUGUGGAUGGGAGUGUGGAUGGGAGUGUGGAUGGGAGUGUGGAUGGGAGUGUGGAUGGGAGUGUGGAUGGGAGUGUGGAUGGGAGUGUGGAUGGGAGUGUGGAUGGGAGUGUGGAUGGGAGUGUGGAUGGGAGUGUGGAUGGGAGUGUGGAUGGGAGUGUGGAUGGGAGUGUGGAUGGGAGUGUGGAUGGGAGUGUGGAUGGGAGUGUGGAUGGGAGUGUGGAUGGGAGUGUGGAUGGGAGUGUGGAUGGGAGUGUGGAUGGGAGUGUGGAUGGGAGUGUGGAUGGGAGUGUGGAUGGGAGUGUGGAUGGGAGUGUGGAUGGGAGUGUGGAUGGGAGUGUGGAUGGGAGUGUGGAUGGGAGUGUGGAUGGGAGUGUGGAUGGGAGUGUGGAUGGGAGUGUGGAUGGGAGUGUGGAUGGGAGUGUGGAUGGGAGUGUGGAUGGGAGUGUGGAUGGGAGUGUGGAUGGGAGUGUGGAUGGGAGUGUGGAUGGGAGUGUGGAUGGGAGUGUGGAUGGGAGUGUGGAUGGGAGUGUGGAUGGGAGUGUGGAUGGGAGUGUGGAUGGGAGUGUGGAUGGGAGUGUGGAUGGGAGUGUGGAUGGGAGUGUGGAUGGGAGUGGAUGGGAGUGGGGGAGUGUGGAUGGGAGUGUGGAUGGAGUGGGAUGGAGUGUGGAUGGGAGUGUGGAUGGGAGUGUGGAUGGGAGUGUGGAUGGGAGUGUGGAUGGGAGUGUGGAUGGGAGUGUGGAUGGGAGUGUGGAUGGGAGUGUGGAUGGGAGUGUGGAUGGGAGUGUGGAUGGGAGUGUGGAUGGGAGUGUGGAUGGGAGUGUGGAUGGGAGUGUGGAUGGGAGUGUGGGGAGAAAUGUGGGCAUGGCAAAAGGAAAGAAAGAGGAACUGCCAUACCUGCCUUUGAAGCUCGGCGUGCACAUAUUAGCUGGCUUUGAAGGAAUUUUAUGUGGUGAUGUAAGUGCCCUCUCUCCCCAAUCACCCAAACAGCCCACUCACCCCACUCAUCCACACACCACAUUCACCCCACUCACCUCACUCACCCCACUCACCCCGCACACCCCACUCACCUCACUCACCCCACUCACCCGCACACCCCCUCACCCGCAAGGAGGCCUUGGGCAGGCGCGCAGGUGGGGCGACACUCAACCCACUCACCUGCACAGCCUUCCUACUCACCCUUCUCACCUGCACGAAGGCCUUGGGCAGGCGGGCAAGGGGAGACACAAGACGGCAUCCAAGCAGGAGGUGCAGCAAGAGAGGGGAAUGACCCACCUGAUGUGA